AUGCCACCAAAGGCUGAUAUCAACAAAGCGGGAUGGGAGCAGAGUUUGGGCGACAAUCCAUUUAUUCGGAUGUCAAAACAGGAGUACGGACGCUCAUGUGGUACUUGUGCGAGACCCUUCACUGUGUUCCGUUGGAAUCCUGGCUCAGGAGCACGCUUCAAAACCACUGUCAUUUGCCAGACUUGCGCCAAGAUUAAGAAUGUGUGCCAAACAUGCCUGCUUGAUUUGGAAUACGGUCUCCCAACACAAGUUAGAGAUACAGCUCUAGGCCUGCAGAACGAGGCUCCCACAAGCGACAUAAAUAGAGAAUAUUAUGCACAGAAUAUGGAAGGCAAGCUUGACGGAAACAAGUCCGGUCUCGACUCUGGACGCGCAGCAUCUGCCGGAAAAGAGAUGCUCAAACAGCUGGCGAGGACGGAUCCUUAUUACAAACGCAACAGACCUCAUGUGUGUUCAUUUUUCGCAAAGGGAGAAUGCAAGCGCGGGUCCGAAUGUCCGUAUCGACAUGAAAUACCUGCAGACAACGAACUGGCGCACCAAAAUAUGCAGGAUCGUUACCACGGGCGAAAUGACCCGGUGGCGAGAAAAAUUAUGGCAGGUCAUGCUGAGGCCCAAGGAUUGAAGCCUCCAGAUGACGUAUCAGUAACCUCACUAUUCCUGUCUUCUCUCCCUGUUACCUCUACAGAAAUGAGCAUACGUACCCAAGUCUUACAAUCCCUCCCAAGUAUCCAAGCUACACAACUCAAAUCUAUAGUUCACGUGGAAAAGACGAGAUGUGCUUUUGUCAAUUUCCGGGAGCGUACUGUUGCUGAAACUGCAGCCCAGGCUUGGGCAAAUGGUCUCGAAAUAGACGGCGAACGGGUAACAGUCAAAUGGGGUCGAAGUAGACCCAAGCAGCCUGCCAAUACCGCAGGCCCCUCGGCCAAUUCAAUAGCAUCUGCUGCAGCUCUGGUAAGAUCCACGAAUAGUGUGUUGAGUGCUAAAAUUGAUUAA